AUGCUAAGAACAGUGACUUCAAAAACUGUAUCUAACCAGUUCAAGAGGGCUUUGGCCACAGCUGCAACAGCCCCAAAGGCCGAAGUGACUCAAUUGUCCAACGGUGUGAUCGUAGCCACUGAGCAUAACCCUUCAGCCAACUCCGCUUCUAUAGGUGUAGUCUUCGGUUCUGGUGCUGCUAACGAAAACCCUUAUAACAAUGGGGUUUCGAAUUUAUGGAAGAACAUCUUUCUAUCCAAAGAGAACUCAGCAGUAGCUGCCAAGGAAGGUUUGGCAUUGUCCUCCACUGUCUCCAGAGAUUUCCAAUCUUAUAUUGUGUCCUCUUUGCCAGAUUCUGCUGCCAAAUCACUGGAAUUUCUGAACCAGUCUUUACUUCAACAAAAGGCUAAUUUGUUAUCUUCUUCUAAUUUUGAGGCUACCAAGAAAUCUGUUUUAAAGCAAGUCCAAGAUUUCGAAGAGAAGGAUCAUCCUAACAGAGUAUUGGAACAUUUGCACUCCACUGCUUUCCAAAACACCCCAUUAUCUUUACCAACUAGAGGUACGCUGGAGUCACUAGAGAACUUGGUUGUUGCUGAUCUGGAAUCGUUUGCUCACAACCAUUUCUUGAAUUCAAACGCUGUGAUUGUUGGUACCGGUAAUAUCAAACACGAGGAUUUAGUGAAUUCCAUCGAAUCCAAAAACUUAAGUUUGCAAACCGGUACCAAGCCAGUACUCAAGAAAAAGGCAGCCUUCUUGGGUUCAGAAGUUAGAUUGAGAGACGACACUUUACCAAAGGCAUGGAUCUCUUUGGCUGUAGAAGGUGAACCCGUCAAUUCUCCACACUACUUUGUUGCUAAAUUAGCCGCUAAAAUUUUCGGCUCUUAUAACGCUUUUGAACCCGCUUCUAGAUUACAGGGUGUCAAAUUGUUAGAUAACAUACAGGAAUACCAAUUAUGCGACUCUUUCAAUCAUUUCUCACUUUCUUACAAAGAAUCCGGUUUGUGGGGAUUUUCUACCGCCACUAGAAAUGUUACUAUGAUUGAUGACCUCAUCCACUUCACUUUGAAACAAUGGAAUAGAUUGACCAUUUCUGUCACUGACACCGAAGUUGAACGUGCUAAAUCCCUCUUGAAAUUACAGCUGGGACAAUUAUACGAAUCAGGCAACCCAGUCAAUGACGCUAACUUGUUAGGAGCCGAAGUCCUAGUCAAGGGCUCCAAAUUAUCUCUAAAUGAGGCUUUCAAGAAAAUUGAUGCCGUCACCGUUAAAGAUGUCAAGUCUUGGGCUGGUAAGAGACUAUGGGACCAAGAUAUUGCUAUUGCUGGUACCGGCCAAAUUGAAGGGUUAUUAGACUACAUGAGAAUCAGAAGCGACAUGUCCAUGAUGAGAUGGUAA